CCCACAUUCCUCCCGCAUGGCCUCCAUACCAACGCACACACCGCCCACCCCCGCGUCUACCCACAGCCUCCCGGUGCAGCCCCCACAACCUCGCCCCGACCCCCGUGCAGCCUACCCAAUUCCUUCCUCUCCUCCUUUCCCGAAACCUGUUGUUGCUGCUGCUGUUCCGCUCUCCCUGUGCAUGCACACGCACCAGCACAGCCCCCUCGUUCCCCAGUGCUGUCACGCUCUUUGGUGCCGUUGGGUCUUGGCCCGUGGGCAGCUCUUUAGCAAUCCCAACUGGAACCUCACACCAAAAGGCACCAUGAUUAUGAUGACUGAUGUCACUGCAGCCCCCAGAUUUGGGUCAGCUGCCACCACUCCAGCUGUGGCUCCUAACUUCUCCUGGAUGCCAGAGGAUGGCAGCCCCACGGCUGUGGAGCAGCCAAUAUUCCUCAUGACCACUGCUGCUCAGGCUAUCUCAGGUUUCUUUGUAUGGACAGCUUUGCUCAUCACCUGCCAUCAGAUCUACAUGCAUCUCCGCUGCUACAGCUGCCCAAAUGAACAGCGCUACAUCGUUCGGAUCCUCUUCAUUGUGCCCAUUUAUGCCUUUGACUCAUGGCUCAGUCUCCUGUUCUUCACCAAUGACCAGUACUAUGUUUACUUUGGCACAGUGCGGGACUGCUAUGAAGCCUUUGUAAUAUACAACUUUCUCAGCCUCUGCUAUGAGUACUUGGGAGGGGAGAGCUCCAUCAUGUCUGAGAUCAGAGGGAAACCAAUUGAGUCUAGCUGUAUGUACGGGACUUGCUGCCUGUGGGGAAAGACAUAUUCAAUUGGAUUCCUGAGAUUCUGCAAACAGGCUACCCUGCAGUUCUGUGUGGUGAAGCCCCUCAUGGCGAUCAGCACAGUCAUCCUUCAGGCCUUCGGCAAGUACCAGGAUGGUGACUUUGAUGUAACCAGUGGCUACCUCUAUGUGACGAUCAUCUACAACAUCUCUGUCAGCCUGGCACUGUAUGCCCUCUUCCUUUUCUACUUUGCCACACGUGAGCUGCUCAGUCCCUAUAGCCCAGUCCUCAAGUUCUUCAUGGUGAAGUCUGUCAUCUUUCUGUCCUUCUGGCAAGGGAUGCUGUUGGCCAUCUUGGAAAAGUGUGGUGCCAUCCCCAAAAUUCACUCUGCUAAUGUGUCUGUGGGUGAAGGCACAGUAGCUGCUGGCUAUCAAGACUUCAUCAUUUGUGUGGAGAUGUUCUUUGCAGCCAUUGCCCUGCGCCAUGCCUUCACAUACAAGGUGUAUGUGGACAAGAGAAUUGAUGCCCAAGCUGUUCCAUCAUAUGGGCCAUACGGUCGCUGUGCUCCCAUGAAGAGCAUCUCCAGCAGCCUCAAGGAGACCAUGAAUCCCCAUGAUAUUGUCCAAGAUGCGAUCCACAACUUCUCUCCAGCCUACCAGCAGUACACCCAGCAGUCGACACUGGAGCACGGUCCUCCCUGGCGCAAUGGCAGCCAUGUGAUCUCGCGCUCCCACAGCUGCUCCGGUGCCCGUGACAACGAGAAGACCCUCUUGCUGAGCUCCGAUGAUGAAUUCUAGGAGGGGAAACUGCUAGCACAGGCUGUCAUUUUCCUUCUUUUUUUUUUUUUUUUAAUAAUUUAUUAAAGCAGAAACAAGUCAUAUCACUUCCUAGAGAGUAAAGAUUGCAGAAGUGGGCACUUCCCAUUAGCUUUUGUGGGUACGGACACAAUGAGCAAUGCAGAGGUGGCAGAAUGGCCAGGACUCCAUGCUCGAGCCCAUUCCUUAUGGCAGCAAUCAAUUUGAAUUGAUUCAAGCAAAGCUCCAGGGUUUGGGGCUCUGGCUUCCCCCACCUGCCCAGCUUGGUGUGGAGUGUGACUGACCAGAGCCUAGAGUUGUAGCCAAAAAUAUUUUUGGUUUUUUUUCCUAACAGGACAACCUGACUGCUUUCUAUUUCUUUUCCUGAAUGCUUGAUGUAGGCACAGUUUUCUCCCCAGCUCCCUGGUACUAACAUCUCUGUGAUCCUUGGGAAAUAGGAUGGGGAUACAGCCAUAAGCGUUCCUGGCGACCAGACCAGAGACUGGUCUUUCUAAAUAGCCAUUGCCCUGAGUGCUAAGUAAGGAACAUCUGUCCCCACCCUCCUGAGCACCUAGUUAUGAGUCCUGGAGUCACUUGAAGGAGCAAAGGGGAAAAGUACAGGGCUUUCUUCAUGUUCCUUGGCUCCCUGCAUCCCCAAUAGCUAUAAAAGCUUGUUGAAGCUCAGUGGGGAUGGAAUUAUCUUUUUGCAAGGCUGGAGUUUUUUAAUCACCAGGUGUCCAAGCUUCCCAUCUCCCUGGCGUUCCUGUGACAGGAAGCCUCCCUGGAGCAUCUUUCUCCUGCUAACAAGACUCAGGACUGGCUAUGAUAGAUGGUGGAAGUUUGUAGAGCUCCGGCCCCUUCACCCUUCUUUGGGAAGGGAAGAUAUGUAAACACAAAACCAGUUUUUCUUCUUGUUUCCUGUCCCCCAGCAUCACAUCUGCCCCUGUUAGAGGUAGCUGCCAGAGCAGGUCCUGGUCUCUCACAGGUAGCUCUCCCCAUGCUCAUCAUCACUGACUUUCCCUGAGCUACACAAGUUUCACCCUUAGGCUGGAAUAUUCAGGAAGGAAUGUCGCACAGUCCUUUGUUUUUUAUCUCUAGCUGUUCUGGGGCAGACUGGAGCAGACUUGAAACCUGACAUGACCUGGCUGGUCAAAUUUGUCCCUUUUAUUUUCUCAGGCAGCAAUUACUGCUGCUGCACAUUUCACAGGCUCUGCUGCACCUGCAGUGCUAUCAAGGGUGGAACCAGCAUCCAUGGAAGUGGGAGAAGUUUCCCAUUGCUUCUGUUGGGUUUUGGAUGAACCCAUGUGUACUUAGUGGAGCCAAAACAAAAGCGGUCCCUCUGUAGAUCUGUCCAGGGACCAGGAAAUGCCUCUUGCUUGCUUAAAAUUAUCUAGGAGAAAAGUGGGCAGCAUGCUCAAGUGCUACAGCUCAGAUGCUCCUACCUGCAAGGAGGAAGCAAAAUUGAGAGAUUGGAGCAAGCUGCUGUGUUCAGCUAUAGUUUCUCCGUUCCUCUCCUGCUUUAUGCCUCCCCUGCUGAGAGCAGACCUGUGUGAUUUUUGAUUGCUCCUUGCUGUCCUGCUAGGAGAACUGGAGUCUGGUUUACUGCUUGGAGUUUACCUUUCCAUUUGUUUUCUGAUCCAUCUGCUUGUUCACUGAGUGUCUCAGAAGUGACAGUGAAUGAAGAGCACCACAUUUAUUCAGCACCUCUGCCCAAGCUGAGCAAAAGGGCUUGAAGAGAGGCAGGUUUGCUCCCUGCUGUGAGGAUCAGAUAGGGGAAAGCUUAAGGAUAGUGCUUGCUCCUGUACUGAUGUUUCUGGGGGAUGGUGAAGCAGGUGAGAGCAGCAGUACUGUUGAGGGAGCUGGAGGGAGGAUCACUCCAGCUUCUCUGGAAGGAUCUGUGGAGGAUCUCCACAGCUUCUCUGCUGCUGGAUUUCCCCAUUCACACACAUCCUGCAAUGCCAUGCUGUUGGUUAUUAAUUUUCCUAAGUUUGUGACUGCUUAAUUAGACAUGCAAACGCACUCUGCCAGGCUUUGUGUGGGCUUGGUGUAAAAUUUCCUCAUGCAUAAGCUGCCUGGAAAGCAGGGCUGAAGGUUGAAUAGACUUUGCUUCUGUUUUCUAUGGCUUUGAUUAAUAUUCCUUUAAUGUGAGAUACUGAUUUUACUCUCUCUUAGGAAAGUGGGGCAUGGGACAUGAUCCUAUCCUCCGCUUUCUUUGCAUUUGCAGGCCUUGAUGAUGUCCCAGUAUCACUUGGUUAUUGCCCCCAAUCUUUGCAUUUGGGUGGCUGAAAUCUGUGUGAUUGCCCCAUUGAGCACGAAGAUGGUCUAGGCUUAGAGAAGCAUGUCUUAGAACUUAUUUUGAAAUGUUUCCUGCAUACAUAUAUAUAUAUAUAUAUGCAUAUAUAUAUAUAUAUAUAUAUAUGCACUGUGCAGAAGAUCUGGAUAUUCUCAAAGCAUCCUGUGUGUAAUGGAUUCAAGUAUAACUCUUUUGCACCAGCUGCCUUUGGAGGAGCCUGGUGAGCUAGUACCCAACAAGCCAGCUGCCCUACUUUAUAAUUUUUUAUAUAUAUAUAUAUAUAUAUAUAUAUAUAUAUAUAUAUAUAUAUAUAUAUAUAUAUAUAUGUGUGUGUGUGUGUGUUUUUAAGCACCACACAAAAUCAUCCAUCACUGAGCUUCCUGCUGUUCCUCAUGACUGGCAAAUGCCAGAAGAAGCACUGGCUCUGAAGCCACUUUAUGUUGGAGGAACAAAUGUGAGAUCCAGAGCUUGAGACCAAGAAGGCCAAGGCAUCCAUGGUCUUGUCAGUCUGCUCAUGGUAGCCCAGGACCCAAGAAAUGUGCUGGUUCCAGGAGUAGACCCUUGGAGCUGCUCUCCCUCACCUGCUUCUGCUCUCCUUCCUUCCUUCCUUCCUUCCUUCCUUUUUUGUUUACUAUGUAACAUACCCAUGGGAUUUGUUUAUUAUUUUUCCAUAUAGAGUAGUUCUUUGUAUAUAAAUGACUGAAAAAAAGUAUGAUAAAUAAGACAGAGUCACCUAGUUUUGUACCUAUUGUGUUUAACUGAUGUGAGCUCAGCGACAAGCCGCUCUCUAUUUUGGUCUUUGUGACAUUAUACUCCGCAGAAAUGAGCAAAUAUGAUGACAAAUAAAAAAUAUAGAGAUAAUAUAGAUUGUA